CCUAUAAAGUGAUCAUACCCUUUAUUGUCCUUCACUUGUCUCAACUCUAUAAAACUUCAAAGUUCACACACAGAAGAAUCAGAAUGGCUUUCAAUCAAGAGUUAGAAGCUGUAACCCAAGCUUUCUCAGGGCAUGGAGUGGAUGAGAAAUCAUUGGUAACAUUACUGGGAAAAUGGGAUCCUCUGGAGAGAGAAUCUUUCAGGAAGAAGACACCACAUUUGUUCAGUGAGGAUCAUGAACGCCAUUUUCAGAGGUGGGAUGACCAAUAUGUUCGUCUUCUCAAGCAUGAAUUCGUGCGUUUUAAGAAUGCUGUGGUGCUUUGGACCAUGCACCCUUGGGAAAGAGAUGCUCGUUUAGUAAAAGAGGCCCUAAAGAAGGGUCCAAAUGAAUAUGGAGUGCUGAUUGAGGUUGCAUGCACUAGAUCCUCAGAAGAGCUAUUGGGAGCUAGGAAGGCUUACCAUUCCCUCUUUGACCACUCCAUUGAAGAAGAUGUUGCCUCUCACAUCCAUGGUAUUGAAAGAAAGCUAUUGGUUGCCCUACUGAGUGCCUAUAGAUACGAAGGAACAAAGGUUAAAGAUGACACUGCAAAAUCAGAGGCCAAAACCCUUUCCAAUGCCAUUAAGAAUGCUCAUAAGAAGCCUCUUAAUGAGGAUGAUGAAGUGAUUAGGAUAUUGGCAACAAGAAGCAAGCUACAUAUCCAGGCAGUUUGCAAGCACUAUAAAGAGAUAUCUGGCAAGAACCUCGAUGAGGAUCUUGAUGAUUUAAGAUUUAAAGAGGCUGUGCAAUGCCUUUGUACUCCACAAAUAUAUUUCAGUAAGGUUUUGAAUGCAGCAUUGAAAAUUGAUGUGGAUAAGAACACUAAGAAAUCGCUUACUCGUGUCAUUGUUACUCGAGCUGACAUUGAUAUGAAGGACAUAAAGGCAGACUACCAUAACCUAUAUGGGGUUUCUUUACCCCAGAAAGUUGAAGAGGUUGCAAGAGGUAGUUACAAGGAUUUCUUGCUAAACUUGAUUGUUAGAGGAGGCUAAUUGAAGUAAUUGAAAGAGUACAAAAACUUGGAAGAUCAAAUUGGUUUUAGUUUCUAUCCCAUGUAGUGUUUUUCCUCCCAAUUUUCCUUGGAUUGUUGCUGAUCUUUUUCAUUGCAUGGUGCUUCUUCAUCCUGUAUUAUUAUUAUUGUCACAAAAACAAAAGGCAAAAGUGUAAUCAAAUAAAAAUGUUCUGGUAUUUCUUCCGAGACAAA